GCUCUCGACACUGGAUGGCGCUGUUUGCGCCCUGCGGGCUUUUAGAGCGGGAGGAGCGCUAAGCUAAUGCUUCCUGCAUGAAGGAUCUGUCUGAGCCGAGCUGGAGGGGGCCAGUGAAUGAUUGACCAGAUAACCUACCGUCUUCUAAGAGUCAUGUCCGAAAAGGCUGCUCCUCCGGUUGUUCCGGAUCACAGUUCAUGGGACAGAAUUUCAGACCAUGUGGGAGCAGAUGCGGAGCUUGUGGCCGGGCCUGCUGUGGAGAGAAUAUAUAUGGACUUCAAUGCCACAACACCUGUGGAACCUGAGGUGAUCAGUGCGAUUACAGAGGCUUUAUGUGAUGCUUGGGGGAACCCUAGCAGCACAUAUCUGCCAGGUUUGAAAGCCAAAGGCAUCAUGAACCAGGCCAGAGACAGCAUAGCUAGAAUGGUUGGUGGAAAGGCAUCAGAUAUCAUAUUUACCUCUGGUGGCACUGAGGCUAAUAAUAUGGUGUUCCAUUCAGCGCUGGAACACUUCUGGAAGAGCAGAGCAUCGGCUGAGGGAGGCCAGGAGGAGAACCACCAGCCGAAUGGCAAGAAGGUCCUCCCUCACGUAAUCACCUCCAACGUGGAGCAUGACUCUAUCAGACUCACAGCUGAACACCUGUUAAAAGUAGGCAAAGCAGAUGUCACUUUUCUACCCGUUUCCAAGGUGACGGGCCGGGUGGAGGUGGAGGAUGUUAUGGCAGCAAUGCGUCCCAACACCUGCCUGGUGACAGUCAUGCUGGCCAACAAUGAGACAGGUGUCAUUAUGCCGAUUAAGGACAUUUGUCAGAAGGUGAGGUCAGCAAAGAGGUCAUCAUCGUCUCCAAGAGUUCUGCUGCACACUGAUGCCGCACAAGCCAUUGGGAAGAUAAGGGUGGAUGCACAAGAGCUGGGGGUGGACUAUAUGACAAUAGUUGGACACAAGUUUUAUGCUCCCCGAAUUGGUGCCUUGUAUGCGAAUGGUCCUGGAGUGAUGACCCCUGUUUACCCUUUGCUCUUUGGUGGAGGACAGGAGCGUAACUUCAGACCAGGGACAGAGAACACAGCGAUGAUUGCUGGUCUGGGGAAGGCUGCAGAGUUGGUGACUGCAAACCUGGCAGAGUAUGAGGCCCAUCUCCUAGACACUAGACUUUACCUGGAACAAAAGCUACUGGCCACAUUUGGAAAAGAGAAAGUUAGAUUCAACAGCCAUUUUCCCGGCACAGACACGCUGCCCAACACAUGUAAUGUGUCAAUUUUGGGUCAAGGACUGCAAGGUCACAGAGUGCUGUCCACGUGCAGGAGGUUACUGGCCAGUGUUGGUGCUGCCUGCCACUCAGACCGAGGAGAUCAACCUUCACAUAUUCUGCUGAACUGUGGGAUCCCGUACCAUGUGGCAAUAAAUGCUCUGCGGAUCAGCGUGGGCAAAGGGACAUCUCGACAAGACGUGGACGCUGUAGUGGAGGACCUGCGAGACGCUGUGGAGCGACUGGAGCAGACGGACUAGCGCCUGUUUUCUGUGGCAUCUCUCUUGUGGAGGCUGCACCACCACUCUGAGUGGAAUCUGUAUGCACUUGCUCGCAUUGCUUUGAAUUUUUUUUUUUUUAUUGAACAGAUAAAAAGGUCAAAGUAUCAUGGCUUGAAGUACCACACUUGCUCAUGUGGCCAGCUGUUUGAACAUUUUAUGAAUUUUAAAAAUAUUUAAACUGUUUGUAUGUAUAUUGUUAUCCCUCUCGUCAAAAUACAUUAAGUUAUGGGGCUGCACUUCUAUGAUCCAAAUGCACUGAUUAUUUAGGGGUGUGUGGCUUGAAUGAUGGUGAAUUAUUUAUUUGACAUACGUGUUCUUAAAGUGCACACUGUGGGUUUAAAAAUCUUAAGGGAGCAUAGAUCCAGUCUUAUUGUAUCAAAGCAGUAAUAGCUGUGUGUGUUGCACUGAAGAUCUCUUAUAGGUGUAGCAAACGAACAGCGAGGUAUUGCUGAGGGACUUCAGCUGCUUUCAUGUCCUGAUGAUGAGCUGUUCUUUCAUCAUUAAAUAUUACAAGCUUCAA